GCUCGAAUUAAAUACUAUCGAUGAUCCGGAAGAAUUAGGGCGAUGGAAUAUAUGGAUGAAUCAAACUCGUACCACUUACGAAAAUGCCAAGAAUGAGCUUUUUUCAUUAAAAAAUCAAAUAGAUAGAGAAGACUUAGAAGCAGAACUACCAUUCAGUGAAGAUUCUCAAGACAAACCGAAAUUGUUGCUUCAAAAAUUAGCCAACAAGGGUGAUGCAGUGCAAGAUUCUACCCAAAAAGCUGUUGAUAAUAUUCGUUUUUUGGUGAAUGAUGCUGAUGAGAUUGGAAAAAAUGUGGUGGAAACAAUGGAUAAUCAAUUAGCACAAAUGAAUCAAGUAGAUAAUGAAUUAACUUCUAUAAAUAAGGACACAGAAAGUGCAAGGAGUGUGGUGUCCAAAAUCGCGCGUAACACGGCUUCAGAUCCUUGCGUUAGAAUACUAUUGACACUGAUAAUUGUUUGCGUCGUGGCAACUAUUGUAUUACUUGCUACUAAAAAAUAAUUUUUAAACCCCUUACUAAAGAUGAUUUUUUUAAUUACUCUUUCAGCGAAACAAUUUCAGUCAUGUGGCUUAAUACGACUUUAGCCAUAUAUAAAAAUAAAAUCUUUGAAUAGUUAAUUUUUCUACAUAAUAAAUUACAUGUUAAUGGCAUAUUCUGUUUUAGUUUAUCGAUAAUUUUUCUUCGAAAUUUAUUAAAAUUUAAAUUUGUAUAUGUAUUAUUGAGCAUCAAGAAAAAAACUGAUAAUUUAACACUGUGCCACAUAAAUAAUGGAUUUUCGUCUUAGAGCUUAGCGAUUGUCUUGCACAUAUUUAAAAACUUUCAUGGUUGCACCUAAAGCAUUCUGAAGAAAAAAGAUGGGUUGGCCGAAAAAAGAAAGUAUCAGUAGUAUAUCCUUUGAGGAGUCGCUAGGGUUAUGUUUUUCAAAAGAAAAACUAAAUAUAAUACAAAACGCAAACCUGCUUGUAGUUGGCGCCGGAGGCAUUGGAUGUGAACUAUUAAAAAAUUUAAUCUUUUCAGGAUUCACUCAAUUUGACAUUAUUGAUUUGGAUACUGUGGAUGCAACAAAUCUUAAUAGACAAUUGCUUUUUAACAAAUCAAAUGUUGGGGAAAGUAAAGCUUAUGCAGCGCGCGAUACUCUUCUUAAACUAUGUCCAAAAAUAAAAAUUACAUCGUAUUAUAAGAAUAUUAAAGAUUCUUGUUUCGAUGUAGCUUUUUUUAAUAAAUAUGAUAUCAUUUUAAACGCUUUAGAUAACAAUGAAGCUCGUAUAUACGUUAACCGGAUUUGCAUUUCUCUAGAUAUACCCCUUGUUGAUGCGGGAUCUUCGGGUUAUAAUGGUCAAGUAACACCCGUCAUAAAAAAUACAACAAAGUGUUAUGAGUGUAAUCCCAUGCCUCGACAAAAAACAUUUCCUAUUUGUACCAUUCGUUCAACACCUCAUAAAGCUGAGCAUUGUAUCGCAUGGUCUAAAUACUUUUAUGAACUUCUUUUUGGUGAAGUUAAACAAGACAACCUUUUAUUGGACAUCGAGUCUGAUUUCUGGAAGGAUGAUAAUUCUGAAAAUAAUGCCUCGCAAAAAAAUGUUAUGGAAAUAUGCUAUAACACUUUUCAGAAAAUAUUUGAUUUAGACAUAAGGCAACAUACACACUUUAUCCAACCAAUCAAUAGUAAAAUUUUAAGACCAAUUUCGACUGUAAACAUUUUUUCAGCUGAUUUUGAAUUGAAAUCAACGUACAACUUUAUGACACAAUCUAAAGAGGAAAGCAACAGUCAGAUUCCUUGGUCCUUAGAUAAAUGUGUUUACUAUUUUGUUGAGUCCUUUUGUAAAUCCCUUCUUCAACGGCGUCAACGGAAAGCCUUUUUAGUUUUUAAUAAAGAUGAUCCGGUUUGUCUUAAUUUUAUUACUGCGGCGUCCAAUUUACGAAUGUAUAAUUUCAAUAUUCCACUUAUGAGCUGUUGGGAAAUAAAAUCAAUCGCUAAUGCUAUAAUCCCAGCGAUUGCUUCAGCUAAUGCUAUUGUUUCCGCUUUACAAGCUUCGCAAGCUAUGAAUAUUUUGUGGCUUAAGUUUGCCUCCAUUAAGCUUUCUAAAAAAACAUCUAAUUUUGAUUUAGAAAAAUUAAAUCAACAUAAUAUAAAACAUAUUUGGAUUAAACAAUUUUCCAUAGGACCGUUUCUUCUUCUACCUGAUGCAUUAGAGCCUCCUAAAUCAAAUUGUUACGUUUGCCAACUAAAAAAGUUAUUUAUUUUUCUUCAUGAUCUUCAGGCUUGGACAUUAAGACAUUUUUUAUCUAUUUUAAUUCAAAAGGAAUUACGCUACGAUAAACCAAUUGUUCAAUUUAAAGAAAAACAAAUUUGUAUUUAUGAACCAGAUAUUGAACUAGACGAUUCAGAAUUUUCAAAAAAAAUAGAUUUGUCAUUACCGUCUUGGGGUAUUGUGAAUGGUACGCGUUUAUACGUCGCGGAUCUUUUGUCGAUUCACAUGCAACUUGAAUUGGAAAUACUAGAAGAUUCUUUUAUUUAUUCUCAACUUUCAAAUGAUGAAGAGUUUAGAAGUGUUUCCGCUCCGAAUUCUAUUUUACCGCUGCAAAAAUUAUAUCGUGUUGAAUCUUGUCAGACGCAUGAGAAAGAAUGUGUCGUUGACAAAAGAUCGCGUAACGCUUUAAAUUUUCCUAUCAAUAGUCAUAGAUGCCCUCCAAAAAAACUUUGUACCCAACUCGUUUCUUCGAACAACUUCUCAGUCGAAAAAAAUUAAUGCGAAACGUUAGGUCUAAAUUAAAUUAGCGUGGUUGACAAAAAAAAAAAAAAAAAACAACGUUAUCUUUAUUUUGAAAAUGCAUGUAACUAUAACGUGAAAACUUUUAAAUUAGCAAUGCCUUUUUUCUGUCCAAACGAUAUAACAAUCAUAUAUAUUAUCUUAUACUGUACUAAAAGCUAUUCACUAACGUAUUUUUAUCACCAACUAAUUAUAUAUGGAAUUUACGUCUCAAAGUACGUUGCUUAUUUAAAUCGUCUUCUCCUUUGUAUCACAUUAUCAGAAGUAGAAAUUUUUAGUUUUACUCUACAGAAAAAUUGAACUGAAUCUCUUCACCAAAAAAAAAAAAUAUAUCCCAUGUAGUGGGUAAGGAUUAUUUUUUUUGAAGAUUAUAAAAAAAUGCAAAUGUUUUAUUUAAAACAAUUUAAAAAUAGUUUUGGUGGAAAAAAUAAAGGUUUUAUUAUUAGGUGGCUACAAAAUUUUUUGUUAUAGGCCAUUUAGGUCGACAGUGUUUCAUUCCUUCUUUCUCUACAUGAACGCAACAAGUUAAACAAGUUUCUGGAAUAUACAGGAGGUAAAAUAAUUUUCAUAAUUUCGACGUUUGGGAUAUGUAAUUCUGCUCAUAUUUUGAAUAAGAUGAGCAUAGUUAACACGGUUCCAAUAUUUUUCACACACUGUUUGUGUCAUAGGCAAGGUGAAAUUAUGUUUGUCAAUAAAAUUAUGAGAAAAUUGAAGAGAAUCUGUGGGAUUCAAGAAAAAACUUUCUCGCUGUAUAUUAAAUUGCUUAGCGGGUUCGUUAAAAUUUCUUAAAGAAAUAUGAGUGGAAUAUAAUUCAUCUUUUGAAUAAAUAUGAAUUGCUAUUCGACUUCCCCCAGGAUAUACUAACAUUUGUGGAUUCACUUUCCAUUGUGCGUUAUUAUAUUCACUCAUUGUUUUUUAAAAAGUACUAUUUUGUUCACUUAUAGGGAAAAGAUAUCUGAAUAAUUUUCUUUUUAAUAAAAAACAAUAGCACAAUGCAUAUUUUUAACGGAAAUGUUGUUAAAACAAAAAAAAAAUCUAAUUUCAAAAAAUUUUUCUUGUAU